AUGGCUUCAAAUCAGACUAACCGUUUCCAGAGCAUAGAUUCAUCAGUAGAAGAGUUCAUAGACGGACAGGAAAAUGAAGACACCAAGAAAAAGACCAAACAUGAUGUUGCUCUGUUCCACGAAUUUCUUGUUUUAAAAGGCGAGACGAGACAAAUGGACGAAUUGACUCCUCAAGAGCUGAACAAGUUUCUCAGCGAGUUCCUUUUAACGGUUCGCAGAAAAGAAGACAACGAGGAAUACGAGCUUAAUUCCUUAAGGGCAUUCUUCGCUAGCUUUGAGCGCCAUUUGAAGAAAAAAAAACUAUGGACUUUGCCUUACGAAAGACGUCCAGUUUGA